UGUAGUGAUAAUUUUGUGGAGAGUAGAAAACAAUGAGGAAAGCGAGUCUAUUUAGCUAUAUGCUCGAUGUGUUCAAGGGCAUUUGGGAGAGAUGGGAUUUGAGAGGCCUGAUGCUCCUCUCUCUCUUGCUUCAAAUCCUCCUCCUUGUCCUCUCCCCUCUCCGGAAAUGGCACUCCAAAAACUGGGUCCUCGGCUCCAUCCUCUGCCUAUACCUGGUCGCGGACUGGGCCGCCAACUAUGCCGCGAGCGUGAUCAUCAGCAGCAGCAGCGUCACCACCAAGCACAAACUCCCCCUCGCCCUGUGGUCCGCCUUUCUCCUGGUCCACCUCGGCGGCCCCGACUCCAUCACCGCUUUUGCUUUGCAGGACAACGACUUCUGGCACCGCCACGCGCUCGCCCUCGGCGUCCAGUGCUUCUCCGCCACGUAUGUCUUCUUCCGCACGCUCGCGGAGAACCACCUCUGGCUCCCCACGCUGCUCGUGUUCGCGUGCGGAUUCAUCAAGUACUUGGAGCGGACCCGGUGUUUGUACCUGGCCUGCUUCAACAACCUCCGUGACUCGAUCCGGAGAAGGCCCGACGCCGGGCCCAACUACGCGAAGCUUAUGGGCCUCCACGAUUCGAUGGAGAAGGCCCGCCUCCCCACGAGCUUCCAGAGGAUUGAAGUGCCGCCCAGAGUGCCCUUCCGCGUGGAGCACGACCUUUCCGAAAGGGAGACGUUGCUCUACGCCCACCGCUUCUUCUCCGUCUUCAAGCGCCUCGUGGUCGACCUCAAGUGCAGCCACGUGGAGCGACGCCUAAGCCGCAACUUCUUCCGCAGGAGGACCGCGGAGGAGGCGUUCCGGAUCAUAGCGCUGGAGCUGAACUUCAUGUACGAGAUGCUCUUCACCAAGGCCAACCUGGUGAACAAGCGCCUCCUGCGCCUCCUCACCACUUCUCUGGUUGCAGCGGCGCUGGGGCUCUUCUACUUGGAGGAGAAGAGGUUCGGGGGAUCGGAUGUCGCCAUCACGUACGCAUUGCUUGCAGGGGCGAUUGCGAUGGAUGCCACCUACUGGUACUCUGCUUUCAGUUUCGGGGCGCCCGGGCCCCUUUUACUCCCACGUGACUCCAAGCCACAUGGGAGGCUGAAGAUGUUCUACGAGGGGUGGUCGGAGACAGUGUCGACUCACAACUUGAUCGACUACUGCCUCGACCUCCCCAAAGCGGAGACGCAGAGAAUCAUGGAGUGGUUCGGGGUAAGUAGCUAUUUUGAAGGGCUGUGGUAUGUGAAGCCUCAUAAAUUCACCCCCAUGCUCAAGGACCACAUCUUCACCGAGGUGAAGAAGAGGUCUGAGUUAGCAGGAGGUCAUGGAAUUCUCCAUGACACGGUGAUCACAGCGAGGGGCAGCUUCGCCCUCCGCUCCUCGUCUAUGGAUGAUUCUAGCAACCCUCUACUUCGAUACGUUGACGAGAUGGACUACGAUCAGAGCCUCCUCUCGUGGCAUAUCGCCACCGAUAUUUUGUUCUCCAGGGAUGAGAAAAUGAAGGGAUGCAAAACCGGAAGUUUGUCGUCCAAGGAUGACCAAAAGGAGGAAUAUCACGGUGGCGAUCAUGACUUGAGCUUAAAUCAACAAAGACUUGUCUCCAAACUUCUCUCCGAAUACAUGAUGUAUCUAGUCGCGAUGCAGCCUGCGAUCAUGUACGGCUUCACGGAUAUGGGCCAGACUCGACUCCUUGAUACUCGUGCUGAGGUCAUGGUCGCCGCAGGUACGGUGAGGGAGAAUCUCAACACAAUCACAGUCAUCAGAUACGCUCUUGUAAAUUGCUGUGAAUAUCUACUAACUCCCAUCAUACUUGCUGCACUAAACCUACGAGUACUAAUCUUUCGUGCUGGUCGCUACAGAACCGUCCAGUCCGCUUUUGUAGUUUGCUGCAUAUUUCUCUUGUUACUUAUAAUCGGACUACUUUCCCCCAUCACAUAUUUCGUCCUCUCCCUAUUUGUGGUCGUGCUUCUACCUCUGCUCCCGCGUGAUCGACUAGGGGAGAUUGAGACACGCUUAUGCUCGAGUGACCGACAAAGGGCUGACGAACGAUCCCGUGUUAUAGAUUCCAUCUAUCACAUUAACACAUCUAUACCGCCAUUCAGCAUAAAGGGAGAUCAGAGCCAAUCAGUACUAUUCGACGGCUGCCAGCUAGCCAAAGAGCUCGAUCGCCUUAAGGGCCAGAAAUGGGAAAUAAUGAGCAGAGUUUGGGUCGAGAUGCUGACGUACGCGGCUGUCCGUUGCCGGCCUCAGCCUCUUGCGGAGCGGCUCAGCAAAGGAGGGGAGCUUAUAAGCUUUGUUUGGUUGCUCAUGGCUCAUUUUGGCUUGAUGGAUCAGUUUGAAGGUAAAGAGAGGGAAUUUAUUACCAAAAUCAUUGUGGAGAAGUAGCAACUUACCUAGCCUCAUCAAUAAAAAUUAAAAGGUUUGUGUCACAUAAUUUUACA